AUGGGCCGGGGCGACAAGGCAACCGUCUCCAGCAAAAAGCCCAAGAAGGUUACCCAGACUUUGGCCAAAAGUGCCGCCAAGGCCAAGGUCUGCAGACCGGAAGCCAAGGCAAGCUCGCCAAAGGCUGCGGCUGAGAAGCCGCCAAGCACAGCCAAGGUCCUCCGAUUAUCCAGAGCAGAGCCCAAGGCCAAGACGGUCAGAAAGGACGAGGCCGAGAGGCGCAUCCCCGCGAUGUCCAAGAAGAAGGAGCUCCAAGUGGUCGAGGAGCUCAUAGAGGGUGCCAUCGGGACGGCUGCUCCACGGCCGAUGCCGCUAAGUUCCCUGACGAAGCACAAGAUGGUCGCUUGGCAAUGGCUCGGCGAAGGAGGUCGCAUGGAAUACCCGGUUCCGAUUGGCUGCACAAAGCCUCUGUCUCCCUUCGACAGCAGGGACGAUUAG